AUGUUACGCGCUGCUACAUGGGCCGCCACUUCAAAUCCUCUGAGGUAUGCAAGGACUUAUACCUUAAGUUUCUCGUCAACACGAAUUAGCCGGUCAGAGGGAGGACUAUUGAACUCGCUUGACACUUUCACGGAAGAGGAAGCAAUGCUUCAGGAAGCUGUGCGCAAGUUCUCCACGGAAGUUAUAGCUCCGAAAGUGCGCGAGAUGGACGAGAAUGAGAUGAUGGAUCCGGAAAUUAUCAAAGGCCUAUAUGAGCAAGGCCUUAUGGCGAUAGAAACACCUCAAGAGUACGGUGGUGCCGAAUGUUCAUUCACAUCCGCUAUAAUAUCCAUUGAAGAGCUUGCAAAAGUCGACCCGUCUGUUUCGGUGUUAUGCGACGUACAUAACACUCUGGUAAACACGAUAUUCCGCACAUAUGGCACCAAAGAGCAGAAGGAGAAGUUCUUGCCGAUGUUAUCAAGCGGAAGUGUCGGGUCCUUCUGUCUCUCGGAGCCAGCCUCAGGGUCGGACGCGUUCGCUCUACAGACCCGCGCUAAGAAGGAAGGCAACCACUGGAUUAUCAACGGGUCGAAGAUGUGGAUAACGAACUCGUACGAAGCGGAGAUUUUCUUAAUAUUCGCCAAUGUUGACCCGAGUAAAGGAUACAAAGGUAUCACUUGUUUUGCUGCAACGAAGGAUAUGGGCGUACAGAUCGCAAAGAAGGAGCAGAAGCUUGGUAUACGCGCAUCUUCGACCUGCACCCUUAACUUUGACGAUCUCAAGGUGCCAGCGGAGAACGUGAUCGGAGGAGUAGGUCAAGGUUACAAGAUUGCGAUCGAAUGUUUGAACGAAGGUCGGAUAGGCAUCGCCGCGCAAAUGAUCGGCCUCGCUCAAGGCGCCUUCGACAAAGCCGUACCGUAUACGUACGAGCGUAAACAGUUCGGGCAACCAGUCGGGACCUUCCAAGGAAUGGCGUUCCAGAUUGCGCAGGCGGCGACCGACAUUACUAGCGCUCGCUUAUUGACGUACAAUGCUGCGCGACGCAAGGAGGAAGGGAAGAGCUUUACGAAGGAGGCGGCGAUGGCGAAGCUGGCGGCAAGUCAGGUUGCGCAGCAGGUAAGCGGGUUGGCGAUCGAGUGGGCGGGUGGCGUCGGGUUCACACGUGAGACAGGCAUUGAGAAAUACUGGAGAGAUUCAAAGAUUGGAGCAAUCUAUGAGGGGACGUCAAACAUUCAGUUACAAACAAUUGCUAAAUUUAUUCAGAAGGAGUAUUCAUAA